CAGGCAAAGUGUGACUACCGCAAGCAGUUCGCAACCGGCGCGACCGGCGUCCCGCGGUGGGCAAGGUGUCGGUGACCCACACCACCACCACCACCACCACCAUGUCCUUUCGCUGGUGGACGGGCACGGUUGGGUGGUGGGCGGCUCGCAGGACCACCGCCAGCGGCACUCGACUGUCGCAGGGCAGCUGAGCGCUGUCGUGCGACAGGCGCAUUGUUGCGUGCGGCAGAAUGCCGCACCAUCGCUCGGUGGGGACAGUGAGUGUGUGCAGUUCGGGGCCGGUGAACGGCGGAGCAAAACGACGCCUCGGGAGCGUAGGUCAGGGACGGCGGGCAGGCGAUCGGCAGUGGCGACGGUCGUAUGGAUUGUGCUGUCGCAGCUCAUUCACGUCGGCAGCGUCGCGGCAUCCCAAGCGCUCGAUGCUGACCCGGGCAACAGUAACGCCAGUAACGCCGGUAACGUUUACGGCAAUCGGUUCGGGCGUUUGCUGCUCAACGGUACGCGCUCGGUGGGAGGAGCGGGGCCGUCGUUGCUCGGUGCCAGCACUACCGUCCUCACCACCGAGCCAGCACCGUUCGAUGGAGGGGUGGCGUUUGCCGCUGCUGCUGCUGCUGAUGGGACCGCUUCCGCUGGCUUUAACGAUUCCAGCGAAAUGCCCCAAAUUCCGGAGUACAUCCGGGCGACGUCGAUGGUGUUCUGUAUCAUUAUCAUGUGUCUCGGCGUUAUCGGCAACGUUAUGGUCCCGAUUGUCAUACUCAAGACGAAGGAUAUGCGCAACUCGACCAACAUCUUCCUCACCAAUCUAAGCAUCGCCGAUCUGCUCGUUCUGCUCGUCUGCACACCGACCGUGCUGGUGGAGGUCAACUCGCCGCCCGAGGUUUGGGUGCUCGGGGAGGAAAUGUGCAAGGCGGUACCGUUCGUGGAACUGACGGUGGCACACGCGAGUGUCCUCACGAUUCUGGCGAUAUCGUUCGAGCGCUACUACGCCAUCUGCGAGCCGCUCAAGGCCGGGUACGUCUGCACGAAGACGCGCGCCCUGCUAAUCUGCCUUGCGGCGUGGACUGUCGCCGCCAUCCUGACGAGUCCGAUCCUAUUCUUUGCCGAGUACAGCGUGCAGCCGUACCUGGACGGUAGCCGGGCGGCCAUGUGUCUGACGAAAGCGUCCAACGGCUGGACGUUCACCUUCUUCCUGAUGACGAUCUCGCUGUUCUUCGUGCUGCCGCUGGCCAUACUGGUCGUGCUGUACGCGAUCAUUGCCCGCAAUCUGAUCGCGAGCGACCGGUCGCGGCUCAAGAUCCGGCUCAGCAAGCCCGAGCUUAGCCACAAGGCCCGCAAGCAGGUCGUGCUGAUGCUGGGCGCGGUCGUGCUCGCCUUCUUCACCUGCCUGCUGCCGUUCCGCGUGCUGACGCUCUGGAUCAUACUCGUGCCGGAGGAAACGUUCCAGCAGCUAGCGCCCGAGCGGUACUACAACCUGCUGUACUUUAGCCGCAUCAUGCUCUACCUCAACUCGGCCGUCAACCCGAUCCUCUACAACCUGAUGUCGUCCAAAUUUCGGAAAGGAUUUCUGCGGCUGUGCAGCUGCUCACAGUGGGCGGGCGGAGCGCACGGUCGCCGCAAGGGCCGCAACCGGUCGGCCACCUUUACCACUACCACCACCACCAACACGACGUCGAGCUCCACUUACGGGGGUACGGGUCCGUCGCUCGCGCUGGGCAGUUGCCGAUACGACCGCAGCAGCAACAGUGCCGAGGACGGUCCAAUCGGGCGGAACAAUGGGACGCAAAAGCUCACAUUAUCGCUGGACGAUUUGCGCCUGCAGCUGCCGGCGGAUGGCGACUGCUCAACACCACCAUCGCUUCCCGCACCCUCCUCCUUCUACCGCCUCAAUCUGGUGCGCCAGUACUCGAGCCCGCUGCUGCUGUUCUCGUCCUCGCCCGCACCGACCAUCCAUCGGUCGACCGGUGCGUCCUGCCAUCGGGGCGGCGCAUUUAAGCGCCAGUUUAACGUGACCUUCGACGAACCGACCGGCGACGGUGGCGGCAGUCUGCUAGCGUCCGCCGAAGCCGAACAGCUUCUCCUGCGUAUCGACCAGCAGCAGCAGCAGCCCGAACCACGCACCCAACCGUUGCGCAAUGCGCUGCGGAUCAAGUUUCCCCGCUUUCACGGUGCAGCGGCACGCACCCGAUCGGCGGCGGGCGGGAAGCGCCGAAGCGACAGCAAUGGGCGGACGGCCGCAACCGUAAAGCAGCUGUCGCUGGACGAAACUUUACUGACGGCGGCGAUGGCGGGGCGAAAAGUUUGCCCAAUCCUGAUGAUCUCGUCGUACGAGUACGUGGAGUACAUCGAUGGCAACAUGGUGGCGGCCUGCCUGUCCCCGGUCGACAGCUUCUGGCCGGCGUCCUUCUUCGUCGGCAGCAUUGUGCUGUUCUUCAUCGUGCCGCUGCUCAUACUGGUCGUGCUGUACUCGGUGAUUGCGAAAAACCUGAUGGAAAACCCGACCAUCAUCAUGUCCAGUGCGUCCAGCGGCAACCGGGGGAACGUGUACAAGUACCGCAAGCAGGUGAUCUUCAUGCUCGGUGCGGUGGUGGUGAGCUUCUUCGUCUGCCUGCUGCCGUUCCGGGCGCUCACGCUGUGGAUCAUCAUCGUGCCGAGCGAGGCGAUCGUAUCGAUCGGCAUCGAGCGGUUCUACAUACUGCUGUACUUUUGCCGCAUCAUGCUGUACAUGAACUCGGCGAUCAAUCCGAUCCUGUACAAUCUGAUGUCGUCCAAGUUCCGGAACGGGUUUCUGCAGCUGCUCGGCUGCGGCAAGAUCGUCCGCUCGGACAGCAUCUCGAGCGGGGGGACGCGCAAGGGCGGCGGCACGUUCCAUACGGGAUCGACCAACUUGAGCAGCUCGCACGGGACGAGCCAGCGGAAGGGCGGCCAGCGGGAGGAGAGCAGCAGCAGCACCAGCAGUAGCAGCAUUCGGCGACCGACGGUACAGUUCCAGCAUCCGCCGGUGAGCGACGAGUGGCACCCGGGGCAGGGUGUACUGAGACGUCACAGCAGCAUCAUAUCGAUACGGGGAGCCACAGUGCCGGCUGUGGCCGGGAAUGGAAAGUCGCACGACAGUGCAGCCCCGCCGCCGUUGACGGUGCGCGCUAAUGGUAAUAAGAUUGUCGAGGAGGAGGAGGUGGUAGGGGAUGGCUGUCUGCAACAGGCACUUGCAGCAGUAGAACCACCAACACCACCCCCACCACCACCACCACUGCCAAACAGUAACGGUUUCCAUAGGUUUAAGGAUAGGGUUAGGAUAGCCAGUUCGCGCCAGUCGUACCGGGCAAGGUUAGAUUUCCACCACUACCGUACCGGUGGGUAUGUGGGGCACGGGCAACUCACUGCCACUACUACCACCAUCAACAAGAACACUGCCACAACCGAGGAAGAGGAAGAGGAGUCCACCGACGUUGCCGCCCGACCGGACGACGAGCCACCGCGCCGAAGCAAUGACAAUAAUCGAUUUUCUCUACUGCAUGCCGCUACGGCGGCACUUGCGACGGCAACUACUGCGGCUACCGCGACAGCGGUCAUGGUGAUCGUGGCGGCCAGCGGGUCGGUCGAUCUGGUCGAUGAGUCCACCGAUCGCGAGCGUCCCGGGGAGCGGUUCCAGUCGGUGGACCAAACGGAUUGGACGGGGAGGGAAGCAGAACGAAAUAAUGGAAAGGAAUCGCCAGCACUAGCGGCGUCGUGCAUAGCACCGUCGCCCUGUGCUGUUGGUUCAAUGGAAUGUGAUAUUUAGCUCCUGGAGCAACGGAAAAUUGCACUGGUUUACGGAGGAGUGAGUGAGUGCAGUUGCAAACUGUACGAACUUUGUAGCAAUCGGAAUCGAAGAGACGAACGAACGUUAUGAACGUUUUCAAUGCUUUACUAUGUUUUUUUUUUCUUCUUUCCUGUGCAAUUGCUGCAAGUGGUCUUGUUAGGAAACGGAAAAGAUUGGAAAAAAGAAACUAAGAACUAAGAGCGCAGUAGAGAGAGGGAUAAAGAGAGAGAUAGAGAGGUACACGCAAAGCGAACGGAUAUACCAAGUAUUCCUAUGUUGUACAUUCGAAGCUAUUUAUACCGAAACAUACAACACAACACAGAUCAGUAGCAUGUAGACAAACAGAGAGAGA